GGGAGCCUAACCCAUUUACAAUUUCAGUUACACCCACUAGUCACGUUUUGAUUGAUUUUGUCCAGUAAUGUGUUGCCCUUCAUGUCGUCAACAGGAGCAAGUGCUGGAGAUGCGUGAAUGGUUCCGGGCCUUCAAAGAGCAAGAUCAUUCAGUCAGAGACUACCGGAAGUACUUUAAACCUAACCUGUGCUAUCUGGAGGCUGGCUGGACUCUGAGCUCACGUGACACCCUCCAGGAGCCGUUUGCCAGCGACAGACACCAUCUAGAGGCCAGCAGCUGGUUUGACCUCUCUGAAAAGAUCCGCUACACGUCCUACACGGGCCACAUGAACGCCUUGGAGAACUUCGCCUACCUGCCCACCACUCUCUACAACGUCACUGAGGACGGCACACCUCAGAUCGCCCAGUGGAACUACCGGAUGUUGUGUCAUCCCCUGUCACGUGACCUGCCCACCAAGCUGUUCCGCCUACAGGAUGACCUCCCCUACCGCAUGGCUCACGACAGAUCCAUGGACAAGAUGCCCGGCUUUAGGAGUGCCCGGUUCAAGCUCAGCGAAUUUGAGGAGCCUAGGCCAAUCCGAUACACGCUUCUCGAUGAACUGAUGGCAGAGAUCCCAGGAAAAGACAACUACGGCGCCAAUCUGACGGACGACUCGUUUGGAUUGCCCAACUUUGAUGUCGGGGCAGGGGGUCAACGACCUCUCAACGUCGGCUACUACCACAGGCUGUACAUGAUCGGCCAACGAGGGGCCAUGGGAGGGCAAGUGAGUUCUGUAAGGAAAUGAAAAUAGGGGUGAGUGCGGGAUAGAGAGGGGUUUGCCUUGCUGUUGAGAACUAAUGCAGCAUUUGGAGGGAGUCCCUUGAGGG